ACACACGCGCGCGCGCAGAGUUACACAAGAAAUAAACAGAACGUUCCUUCUGCACGAGCUGAUAUUCAGUGUGUGUUGUCGGGUCUUAUUCUGUACUUGUGUGUGAUGAUUGUUUCUCCUCCAGUGACUCCAGACUCAUGAUGAGCUCCGGGAUCCACGUCUUCCUGGUCAGCUGUCUGAUCACAGCCUUUAUUGCCCGUGUGUCAGUGGGUCACUUGGUGAAGACCAGAUUUAAUGAGUCAGCGACUCUACCCUGUGAACGGGAAUGUUCUGGUUUGGUCCAGUGGGUCGUGACCCACAGUCGAGAUGACGUGGUGGCUCGGUGUGAUCAGACCUCCUGCAGCUCAGAGGAGGGGUAUGAGCUCUCUCACGCUCAGUACCUGAAGGGAGAUCUGUCUCUCACCAUCACCGCAGCUGAUUACAGGAAGAGGAACACGUACACGUGUCAGUGUGACAGUAAGGACGUCUGUGACGUGCGCCUCAGCGUGGAGUGUGUUCACUCUACCACAGAGUCUCAUCCUGGAGGUUCUCUCACUGUGGGUGUGUCGAUCUCAGAGAGAGUGAAGAUCACGUUCAUCAGUAGCGCCGAGGAUGAUGAUGGUGGUGGUGGUGGUGGUGGUGGUGGAGGGGGUCAGAGCUCUGUAACACUCUGUACAGUGGAAGGACGUGAAGUUGACUGUAACCCUGAGUAUGAGAAGAGAACAUGGUUCCAGUCGUCCCUCACCCUGAGUGACUUAAAGCAGACUGACAGCGGGGUGUACACUGUGUGGGACAUUGAUCAUGAUGAGAUCAUCGCUACACACACACUCACUGUCACAGGGAGGAUCAGAACCCCGUCUUCAGGAACAGGUGAACAGACACACUGCAGUCUGGGGUUUGGACUCGUGUUCUGUCUGGGUUUGGUGCUGGGCGUUGUCCUGCACCACAUUGUCCUUCGUUGUGUGCUGAAAGGCUGUUAUUGGAUUAAGAGAAAAGGAAGAAAGCGUUUAGAGCGCGCUCAGAGCACCGCACAGGGGAGUGAAGAUCAUCCUGCUGAAGUCGUCCAGCUGAAGUCUGAGUGUGUCGAUACACUGCCUAACGUGUAAUCCUCUGUUUAUAUCAUUGUAUAUCAAGUGUUGUGUCCAACCUCAUACUCUACAGAGCUCCACUGACCUCCACAUGACCUUUAUUAAGAGCUUUAAUGUACUGGGGUGUUUCUGUGUCAGUGAGAGUGUGUAUCAGUAGAGACUCAUGAGGACGUCUGAUUAAAGCUCUUACAGCAGUGUUUAUACACAGCUUUAUAAACCCCGCCUGCAGAGAGACGAGUGUUAACGUUAACGUCUCCUCACGUUAAACACUUAAACACCAGCACAGUGACGUGUGAGAGACGAGGACGAGCAGUGCAGCGCUUCAGAUUCUCAUCUUUUACAUUGUACAGUUCAUACUGACUCUCACACACACACACACACACACACACACACACACACACACACACACAGCAGGAGUACAGUAGUGAAUGGUUAUCUGGUAGCUCCAUGACCUUCUCUAGUUAUUAGUCCUUGCAUUAUUAAUUAAUGAUUUGAUUUAAAGCUAUAAAUACAGUGUGUGCUGUGUGUUGUUUUUGGACAGUAAUGAGUCUCAUCAGCUGGAGUUUAAAGGUUAGAUCUUUCUCCAUGAUCAUGUUACACAGGUACAAAGCUACAGCUGACGAGUGUGUGUGUACAGAAUGUAGUUGUGUGUGUAUUUGUGCUCAUUAAGCUCAGGGGAAACAGGCAGAUGUUUUUUUUUGCUCAUUAUUAAGCACUUUUAUCAUUUGUUGUGUACAUAAUAGUUACAUUUAUAGAUGAUUAUUGUUACAGAUUAUUAUUUUUUAUUGGUUGCAACAUUAUUACCACAAUUUAUCUUAUAUUUCUAUUGUCUUAUAGUAAGUUAUUACUAAAAGUCUGUUUCCAAUGAAACGUGUGUUUUAUUCUGCUGAGCUCUGAGCUUUAAAAUCUACAGUGAUUUUAAAAUGAAAAUGUACUGAAUGUAUAAAUGGUGGUGGUUUUUGUACAAAAAACUUUUGUAUUUUUUAUUGUUGUAAUUUUGAUGCAGAUCCGUCUGAUGAGAAUAAAAUGCACUUUGUGAAUAGA